AUGUCUGCUGAUCCAGAAAUGAAAGAGAAGCUGGAAUCAAUGCAGGUCAAUGGUGAUCAGAAGGAAGAGGAGAAGGAAGAUCUAGUUACACCAUGGGAUGUUGCGGCAUCCAGCAUAACAGGAGUGGACUACGACAAGUUGAUUGUCAAGUUCGGCUGUCGCAAGCUUGGCGAAGAUCUGGUGGAACGGUUUAGAAAGGUUACUGGUCAAGAACCGCAUCCAAUGCUGCGACGUGGAAUGUUCUUUGCUCACAGGGAUUUUGCUGCGAUUCUGGACCGCAAAGAACAAGGAAAACCGUUUUUCCUGUACACUGGUCGUGGUCCAUCAUCUGGAAGUCUGCACCUUGGCCACCUUAUUCCGUUCAUGUUUUCAAAGUGGCUACAGGAUGUGUUCGAUGUUCCUCUCAUCAUCCAGAUUACGGAUGAUGAGAAGUUCCUAUGGAAAGACAUGAAGGUAGAUGAGUCAAAGAAAAUGGCUAGAGAGAAUAUGAAGGACAUCAUCGCCGUUGGUUUCGAUCCCGAGAAAACGUUCAUGUUCAACGAUUUCGACUAUAUGUGCCCACCUUUCUAUGAGAACAUCUGCAAGAUCUGGAAGGUGGUGACAGGAAAUCAAGCGCGAGCCAUUUUCGGAUUCACACCUGAGGAUAGUAUGGGGAAGGCGGCAUUCCCUGCCAUUGAGGCAGCACCAUGCUUUGCAUCCUCGUUUCCUCACAUUUUCGGUAAAAAGACGGACAUUCCAUGUCUCAUUCCUUGUGCAAUUGAUCAG